CAUUCAUCAAGAUGGCGGCGUAUGAUGGACACGCUACAAAACGACAGAGAACUGAUUCGGACGGCAGGGGAGUGCAAUCUGGAACAAGGGACAAGUUUGAUUUAGAUGCACAGGACAAGUAUGAUGAUCCACAUAAGCCACCUCCUUCCCCUGUGGUACAUGUGCGAGGAUUGUCAGACACUGUGAUCGAGGCCGAUUUAGUGGAAGCUGUUCAGCACUUUGGACCCAUCAGUUAUGUUAUCAUGAUGCCAAGGAAACGGCAAGCUCUAAUAGAGUUUGAAGAUAUUGAAGGAGCUAAAGCAUGUGUGAAUUAUGCACAGGUACACUAAAUAAUAUGAUUCAUGUAGGAAAUUCAGCUGCCUAUUUUAAUUUCUCAACGAGUCAAAGAAUUUCACGACCAGGGGGAUCUGAAGACAACCGUAACACCAAUCAUAUCCUGUUGAUAACUGUUCUCAAUCCACGUUAUCCGAUUACAACAGAUGUGAUGCAUACCAUCUGUAAUCCAUUUGGCCCUGUACAGCGAAUCGUAAUUUUUAAAAAGAAUGGCGUUCAGACUAUGAUUGAAUUUGAUAAUGUAGACAGUGCUUCCCGUGCUAAGGCUUCGCUGAAUGGAGCUGACAUUUACUCAGGUUGUUGUACACUGAAAAUAGAAUAUGCUAGGCCAACUCGAUUAAAUGUUUAUAAGAAUGAUAAUGAAACCUAUGAUUAUACCAAUCCCACUCUUGGAACUGGAGCCAAAGAAAAGGGCAAUGCUUUGUUGGAAGAGCCUAGAGGAUAUAACAUGGGGGUGCAAGUGAAUCACAACCAAGGCAUGGGUGGAGGGAAUCAAGGUGGUGGAUACAACAAUUAUCAGCAUCCUAAUCAAAUGCAGAACAUGCAAGGGCAGUAUGGUAAUAACAUGGGAGGUGGAAAUAACAUGGGAGGUGGUGGUGGGCCUCACAUGGGUGGCGGCAACAUGGGCAACCAAAUGGGAGGCGGCAACAUGGGCAACCACAUGGGUGGUGGAAAUAUGGGCAACCAAAUGGGUGGUCAGAUGGGCAACCAAAUGGGUAACCACCAACCAAAAGGUAGUCCGGUUGUAAUGGUGUAUGGAAUGGAACCUGAAAAACUGAAUUGUGACAAGUUGUUCAACGUAUUGUGCUUGUAUGGCAGUGUUCUGAAGAUAAAAUUCAUGAAGAGUAAACCUGGCUGUGCUAUGGUACAAAUGGGAGAUGCCUUGGCUGUGGAACGAGCCAUUACUAAUCUGAAUAACGUGGUGGUCUUUGAAAAAAAAAUGCAGCUCGGGUUUUCAAAGCAAAUGUACAUUGCUGAUCAAAUGCAGCCGAGCGAUCUCCCAGAUGGAACGACAUGCUUUAAGGAUUUCUCACAGUCGCGGAAUAACAGGUUUUCUUCUCCAGAAGCAGCUUCAAAGAAUCGUAUCCAGCAACCGGCUAAAGUACUGCAUUUCUUCAAUGCCCAUCCAGACAGCACAGAAAGUACAAUUAGACAGAUUUUCAUUGAAAAUGGAGUUCAGGAUCCAAGCUGUGUGAAGAUGUUCAAGGCAAAAAGUGAACGUAGUUCUUCAGGCUUAGUGGAAUGGGACAACGUAUCAGAUGCUAUAGAGGCUGUUAUAUCAUGCAAUCAUGUGGAGAUGCCGAAUCCAAGUGGACGCUACCCAUACACUUUUAAGCUGUGCUUCUCUUCUGCCCUGCAUGCUGUAUAGAUGUAUCUGAUAAAACCUCUACAGAAAAUACUGCAACCUACCUCUACUAAGUCCCACUAGUUUGUACUAUAACUGUCAUUUAGAUUUAGAAUGUUGGCUUGUACAUAAAGUGCUAGAGUCCCAGCCUGAGUUCAUGCAGAUAUAACAGCCUAGUUACACAUGCAUAUAUCUGAUGAGGCCCUAUGCCAUUGUAUUGUUGUCUUGCAAAAUAAGAUUUGUCACUUUUGAAAUUUGUUUUUAAAAUAGAAACUAGAUAUCUGAACUUGUUACUGUUUAUCAGUUAUUCCUUGAAUAUCUUAAAUGUUGAAAUGUAACAUUUUAAAAAAAAAAUUGUUUUCCCAUUCACCAAUUCGUAAGAGGAAUAUUAAUUGCAACUAAUGAGACAAAUGUUUAAAGUUUAGAUAACAUGCUCUCGCAUCACUGCAACUAGAGAUGCACAUAUCACCACAAGUCCAAAGUGCUCUUGGUUAGGCUUUUCACAAUUUGUUUAUUUUAAUUUCUCAUCUCUUGAUAUAUUUUUUAAUCAUGGACUUGCUACUACAGUAGUGAUAGCAGGCUUGAGAAUCUAAUGGAUAGGCCUUGUAAGGUUAAUUUAGUAACUUUAUUAUCACCAACUAGUUGCUUGCGUUUAUUUUUAUCAGAAAAAAAAAAAUAAGGCUGUCUGAAAAAUCUGAAUCUUUUGGUAUAAAACAUCUGAUAUGUUGACAUUUAAAACAUGUGGGAAAAGAUAGCAAAGGAAAUAAACUUGCCAUAACCAUCAAAACCUUUUCAUAGAUUUUUUUUUCUAAAGGCAUUUGGUGGCAGUUUAUAUAAAUGUUAGCCAACCAUAGUGUCAGUGAUUUAUGGAAAAACAUUGUUUAUUUGUCUUUAAAUGAGUUGCAAAGCUGUUGAAUCGUAGCCUUAUUUGCUCAAAUACCCAAAACUACUGGACUAUACUAGUUGUUUUUUUUAAAUGUCCUUUACAUGUUAUAAGGUGAAAGUAAGUUGUACUUCUCUGUAUUAUGGCAUGUAUGUUGAUAAAUAAACGUGAUAAAGGGUUCAAAAUCA